CCGCGGCCGCCGCGCUGGCCCCCACGCUCGCUCGCGGCCCCUGGCGCCGCCUCCGCAGCCCGCGCCGCCGCGAUGGCGGAGGACAGCGAGUCUGCAGCCAGCCAGCAGAGCCUGGAGCUGGACGACCAGGACACUUGCGGCAUAGACGGGGACAAUGAGGAGGAGGCCGAGCACGCCAAAGGAAGUUCCAGAGGGGACUUGGGGGCCAAAAAGAAAAAGAAGAAACAGAAGAGAAAAAAGGAGAAACCAAAUUCUGGAGGCACCAAGUCAGACUCUGCAUCUGAUUCCCAAGAGAUUAAGAUUCAACAGCCUUCAAAAGUGUCUGUCUAAUUAUCUGAAUAGCACAACAUCAUCUGGCAGCAGAUUUCAGCGGGAGCAGCCACGGAACCCUGCCAUCCCAAUGCAGAAGCUGCAGGACAUCCAGAGAGCAAUGGAGCUGUUGUCGGCGUGCCAGGGCCCCACCAGGAACAUCGGUGAGGCUGCCAAACACAGAUACCAGUUUUGGGACACACAGCCAGUACCCAAACUAAAUGAAGUGAUAACAUCUCAUGGUGCAAUCGAAGCAGAUAAAGACAAUGUGCGUCAAGAACCGUACUCCUUGCCACAGGGCUUUAUGUGGGACACUUUAGAUUUGGGUAAUGCUGAAGUGCUCAAGGAGUUAUACACUUUGUUAAAUGAGAAUUACGUGGAGGACGAUGACAACAUGUUCCGGUUUGACUAUUCGCCUGAGUUCCUGCUGUGGGCUCUGCGUCCCCCUGGCUGGCUUCUUCAGUGGCACUGUGGAGUCAGAGUGUCUUCGAACAAAAAACUGGUAGGGUUCAUAAGUGCCAUCCCAGCAAACAUUCGGAUUUAUGACAGUGUGAAGAAGAUGGUCGAAAUCAACUUUCUUUGUGUUCAUAAAAAAUUGAGAUCAAAACGGGUAGCCCCAGUGUUAAUUCGAGAAAUAACUAGGAGGGUGAAUCUGGAAGGGAUUUUUCAGGCCGUUUAUACUGCUGGUGUGGUUCUUCCGAAGCCAGUGGCCACUUGCAGAUACUGGCAUCGAUCACUAAACCCCAGAAAAUUGGUAGAAGUGAAAUUUUCUCACUUGAGUAGAAAUAUGACUUUACAGAGAACAAUGAAGUUGUACAGACUUCCAGAUGUGACAAAGACUUCAGGCUUGAGACCAAUGGAACCGAGAGAUGUCAAAGCAAUUCGAGAAUUAACCAACAGUUACCUGAAGCAGUUUCACCUUGCCCCGGUGAUGGAUGAAGAGGAAGUAGCCCACUGGUUCCUCCCCCAGGAGCACAUUAUUGACACGUUUGUAGUGGAGAUUGGAUUUAUUCUACUGAAUUCUUCGAGUUCAGUGAUUCUGUCCUCUGUCAUCUCCACUCUACUGUUAAGGCCAUCUAUUAAGAACUCCAGUGGUAAACUUACUGACUUCCUGAGCUUCUACACACUCCCCUCCACAGUCAUGCACCACCCUGCUCAUAAGAGCCUCAAGGCUGCCUACUCCUUCUACAACAUUCACACAGAGACGCCCCUGUUAGACCUCAUGAAUGAUGCGCUCAUUAUAGCUAAAUUGAAAGGAUUUGAUGUAUUCAAUGCACUAGAUUUGAUGGAAAAUAAGACAUUCUUGGAAAAACUCAAGUUUGGAAUAGGAGAUGGUAACUUACAGUAUUACUUGUACAAUUGGAGGUGUCCAGGAACAGAUUCUGAAAAGGUUGGACUUGUAUUACAAUAGAUGGAUGUUUCCUUUCCUAGAACUCUGAUAUCAUCCAUCAUUUGUUAAUAUUCUAUUUAAUGAUUCCUGGAACUGUCAAUCCAAAGAAUAAAAGCACAACCUAAGUGAAAUCGAUGCAGUCAGUAAUAAUUGGAAAAGAUGAAAAACAUUCGUAUGUGACCAAUACUACAUAUGUCUAGCUAGAAUGUUAACAUUCUUCCUUUUUUUCACUGUUUACCCAUUUGAAAGAGGGAUGAAAGGGUACAAAGAGCACAUUCCUCUAGUUUUCAAACUUUUGACCGUCUCUUAAAGGUGUUUUUCCAUUCUCUAGAAAGGGACUUUUAUGGACAGAACUGAAGUCAGAGUGGGUAAGAAAACCUUUGCUAAUGUGUGGAGAUAAACUGCUGCAUUUCUGUUUAUCAAGUGAUGGUCUUUUUGUCCAUGUAACAGAAUAAAGAAUCCAAUUGGGAAAUUUUUCCUCCUAUCA